AUGACUAAAAACCAAAAAAAACCAUUCAAAGAAUACUUACAAGAAAUUGAAGACCUAAAAAAUAAUAGUGAAAUAAAUUAUGCUUUACCGGAAAAUCCUACUCCGCUCCAAGUUGCCAAGUUUGAAAUUUGUCAAGAGGUUUUAGGUUAUAAACAAGAUAAUAAAUUAACUCGCGAGCAAGUGGCAGAAAAAAUGGAUAUAAGCAAAGCCGAAACCGAGGAUAUUUUGUUUUGCCAUAUUGAGGAAUUUACCUUGGAUAGACUAGUCGCUUAUGCGAGCAAAUUAUUAGACCCUAUUCAAGUAAAAGUAAUUUUAGAGCCAAAAAAAUCUCCUUUACAUGCCAAGAGUAAAAUAAUUGCGAUUACUAUUACCGACCACUAUCAGCAAAAGUUAGGUCGAGAAUGGAUUACGAAUGAAUUGGUUUUGGAAAUAUUAGAAAAAUUGAAUGGAUGGAGAUUAGAGCCUACUAAAUAUCAUGGCAAAAGAAAAACGGAACCGUUAACCAUUUAUGAAUUAGGAAUUGCCAUCCUUUAUAAACUUAUGACCAUUAUCGCCUUUUUCUCCCAAAAAGGAGAAGUAGUUAUGAAUGAAGCAAAAUUAAGGACAAAAUUUCUUACCAAAAUCAUAGAUGCCCCUGUCCGAACUAGUCAAGCAACCUUGGUGCCAAACAGUCUAAUCUUAAUAAUCCGACGCACCGGAGCCAGCCGAGCCAAUUUAAUUCCCGCAGUAGAAGGAUUUAAUGCCUCAGCAAAAGCCAAAAUAGAUAAAAAAACUCCUUUUUGUCCUUAA